UACACAUGAUGUGAUUAUCAGUGACGAUACCCAACCAUCCCUGUUAUGAUGAGUGUUCAAAUCCUAUCCACGAUAAGUCAACAGUGAGCUCAACGAAUCCACAGUUGCAGUCAUGAUUGGAGAUGGAUAGCGGUUCUUAACUUGGUGAUGUUGCGGUUCAAUGACAACGGAGAAUGUGAAACCAGCAAUAUCAAGAUAGCAGCAUGUAACAGUCAUUGUGUUACCUUUCAGAACAACAACAUCAACCUUUAGACGAGAUGGUUCAUCAGAAACACAUCGCUUCCAGUUCUCCCUGUUUCAUCCUACUCAUUAUCUUACAUCUUAUUUCAUUUUCUGGAGUAUGCAGUUAUAGUGGUAUUCAUUAUACUCGCCGGGGAGACUUAAAUAUUGGUGGUUUGGUUCCAUUACAUCACUACGAUGAGAAGAAUCAGCAAUGUGGCACGCUUCGUACCUUAGGCGCGUUGAAGCGUCUUGAGGCUAUAGUAUUCGCUGUAGAUUGGAUCAAUUCAAACACUAGUCUUCUACCAGAUAUCAAUCUAGGCUUUGAGAUAUUUGACACUUGUUCUUCAAAUGCUGUGACUUUGAGAGAUUGUUUGAACUUUAUACCUCCUCAGCGAUGGACAGGCAAUUGCUCUUCAUGUAAUACAUCUGAUCCUUGCCCUGAAAAUUUACCACCAAUAGUAGGUGUCGUCGGAGCACAAAGAAGUGGCUCUAGUGUCCAAGCAGCUAUCUUACUUGGCCUGUACCAAAUACCUCAAGUAAGUUACUUAUCAACAAGUGAUGAACUUAACAAUGUAUAUCGUUAUCCAUAUUUCUUGAGGACUGUAGGGCCAGAUAGCUUCCAAGUUGCUGCAAUAGUAGAUAUUCUAGUUGAGUAUGGUUGGAACUAUGUAUCGUUCAUUAACUCAGAUGAUACAUACGGUAAAAGUGCGCAGCAAGAAUUUAGAAAGAGAGCCCAAGAACUGAAAAUAUGUACUGCUAUAACAAGAACUGUGUCUUUGUACGCUACCGACAAGACAUUUGAUGAGUUAGUUGAUGAGCUUCUGACUUUACAGACUAAAAGUCACGCCAUUGUUGUCAUUCUAUUUGUUCAACUUGAAAUGGCAAAAGAUAUAUUUGAUUCAGCAACAAGAGCUGGGGCUAAUCGUAGAUUCAUCUGGAUAGGAAGUGAUGGUUGGGGGAAUUAUGGAGAUGACGCAGUCAAAGGAAAUGAAAAUGCCACACUUGUUUCCGUCAAAGAGAAGAGUUUCACCAAAGAUGGCGAUUUGAUUAUUGGUGGUUUACUACCUCUACAUCAUCCUAAACCAUUCAAUGCUCAUGAAUGUGGUGGUAUUCGUUCAAUUACUGCAUUAAAGGAACUGGAAGCAAUGGUCUAUGCUAUUAACUUCAUUGACAAUAAUGACACUAUAUUACCAGGUGUACAUCUAGGAUUCGAUAUUCGUGAUACUUGCUUCUCUGAAUCAAUAACUCUCCGUUCUGCACUUAACUUUAUUCCUGCGUACAGGUGUAACGACUCACACCAAUCCAUUGUGGGUGUGGUCGGUGCCCGACGAAGCAGUUCCAGCGUUCAAGCUGCUUUAUUGUUUAGUUUGUUCAAAAUACCACAAAUUAGUUAUCUUUCUACAAGUGACGUGUUGAGUAAUAAAUAUCGCUUUCCUUUCUUCAUGAGAACAGUUAGCCCAGAUGUGCUCCAAGUUGCAGCUAUAUAUGAUAUUCUACUUGAGUUUGACUGGACUUAUAUUUCUUUUAUUAGCUCUGAUGAUGUUUAUGGUCAAAACGGCCAAAAGGAGUUUAGGUUAAGAAGUAUUGGAAGUCCAAUCUGUACUGCAACGUAUCAUACUGUUUCAGUCUUCAAUGAUAAAACUGUCUUUGAUAAAGUAAUCGGAGAAUUGAUGGAACUACAGGAAGACACAACCUCUGUUGUAGUUGUUUUAUUUGUGGAUAUUCUGCUAGCGAGAAGAAUCUUUGCUUCAGCAGAUAACAUGGGAGCUAAGAGACGAUUCAUCUGGGUUGGAAGUGAUGGCUGGAGUAACUACGGCGAUUUAGCGAUUGAUGGUUAUGAGCAGGUUACAGCCGGUGCAUUUACAGUGUCUCCUUUAUCGAGGAAGCUUGAUACAUUCGAUGAGUACUUUCACUCUCUCAACACAACCAGCAAGAAUCCCUGGCUCCUAGAGUUUCUAGAGACUUACACUGACUGCUCAUCAACGGAUACAGGGAACCAGAGUUGUGAUAGACCGGGACUGAUUGGUCAAGCAGAUGACGGUCAAGCAUCUCAUGAAACUCUAGUAAUUGAUUCAGUCUUUACUUUUGCUUAUGCUCUCGAUAAAAUGCGACGAGAUAGAUGCCCUGGUGAUGUGACAGGACUAUGUCCCAAUAUGACUGACAUUGACGGUGAUUCCUUGUUGGAAUACCUUCUUGAUACACAGUUUCAAAGUCUGGCUAAUGGUUGGAUUAGUUUUACAGAUGAAGGGAAUAUGUAUGGAAGGUAUGCCGUCAAUCACCUACAGGGUAAUAACUCAACAGGAAAGUUUAGCUUUCUGCGUGUUGGAGAGUGGAGACAAUCCAUAGAUCCAACCAAACCUAAUUUAAGAAUAGGGACAGAUGUCCCUUGGUAUUUAUGGGAAGGAGCAUCCAUUAACAAUGAGACUGGUAUCCCAAGAUCAGUAUGUAGCUUCCCUUGCCAACCUGGAGAGAAAAUCAACCGUAUUCCAGACAACCUGUGCUGCUGGACCUGCACCCCUUGUGAACAAUCCGAGAUCGUAGUGAAUAACGGUACCCAAUGCGAGUCUUGUAUUGAUAUAGACAUUAAGAAGUUUAGUUGGCCUAAUGAAGACCAAUCAGCUUGCGUUGAUAUCCCUUCUGACUUCAUCCUUAGUGAUCAACCAUGGGCUAUUACUAUUCUAAGUGUAGCUUCCAUAUGUGUAGCAGCUACUAUCUUCGUCAUGGGUAUCUAUAUCCGUAAUCAAGAGAUGCCACUUAUUAAAGCAUCAAGUCGGGAGCUUAGUUACAUCAUCUUCAUUGGCAUCAUCAUGUCUUACGUCACAGCUAUCUUCUUCUCUGUGGCACCUUCUCCUUUCGUUUGCGUCCUCCGACGUCUUGGACCAAACAUCGCCACAUCUCUCAUCUAUGCGUCCAUAGCAACCAAGACAAUCAGACUCUAUCGUAUAUUCAGAGCAUCUAAGAAGUCAGCAAAGAGACCUAACUACAUCGGAUCCAUGUUUCAAGUUGCAUUGUCGCUUAUCGUCACAGCUCUAGCGGUUAUUUGGACCGUUGUGUGGAUUUGUGUGGAUCCACCUAAAGUAGUUCCCGAGAUGCCGAAUGAGAAAGAGAAUAAGCUUCAAGUAACAUGUCAUCUUAAUAUCAUUGAGACUGUUGGUGUGAUGAUAUGGGAUGUAGCUCUCGUUAUUGUCUGUUGUAUCUUUGCAUUUAUGACCCGGAAACUUCCAGAGAAUUACAACGAAACACGCUUCAUAACAUUUUGCAGUUUCUGCACCUUAGUGGUUUUCGUCACCUUCUCACCAAUUUACUUCACAUCACGUGAGCCGUACUACCAAGCUAGCUACUACUCUGCUGGUCUUAUCAUCAAUGCUACAGUAACUCUUACAUGCCUCUUUGCAGUUAAAAUCUACGCUUUGUACUUCGUAGAUGAAGAUGAGAUGAACAUCUUCACACAGACACGUCUUCGAGCUAAUACCAAGACAGCUUCGACUCGUGGCAUGCCACCACCUAACAUUACUUCAUCGACAACUCAGAAUGAAGUUCAUUCAAACCCAACGUAUGUAACAGAAGCAGAAAAAUAUACAUCAAUGCCAAUGGAAAGCAAGUCCAACCCUGACGUCAAUAGGAAUGAACCUAGGGGUAAUCGAUACAGAAGUUGUUCAAGUAACAGUAGCAAAGGUCUCAAUAAACCUACUAACUCCACAGGCGUUAUGGAAAGACUUAGUCGACCAAAUAAGGUGGACCCUGAUACGUCAAAGUUACGUCAUAACGACAGCCAAACUCAACGUGCAAAUGGUGUAACAUCACCUGAUCAAAUUGCGGCAGCUAGUCCAGAUACAAAAGUCAUAUUUAAUCCCGAUGUGGUUGAAUUUGAUACCCAUAUGUAAACCUUACGGCUUCAUAAGUAGAUUACUUCUACAAAAGGACACUUUUAUGAAAGCUACAUUAAGGCCUACUAACCUUAUACCGUUCAUAUUGUAAACAUUGCACAAUACAUCCCUAUACGAAACACUAGACACGCAACCUUGAUGUGACUUUGUGUGUUGGUGGUACAAGUCAAAAAAAGAACAGACAAAACCCAAGAGUAUUGUAGCUGUUCAAAUUGAUUUCACCCUCCAAUGCACUUUUUGCAUCGAAAUUUAAACUAAUUAUAGUUUUGAUUAACCCAGUGCAAUCCCGUACACUUUAAUUCGUUUAGUUUACUGUUGUGAUGUAAAUAUAUAACGGUAAUGUUGGUGAGUACAAUUGCACAGCAACAUUUUGUCUUUUUUGUUUUCCUCUCCAAAUGUUUUCAUUCUGGUACUCAUUCUAAUCAGUUUGAUAUACAUUUGGGGGAUUUUGUGGGCGUGUUUCCGAAAAACAAACGUGUUGUACCGAAACAAGAAGUUCAGAAAGUAUUAUUUUUUGUAUGGAAUGAUACAAGUAAUAAAUCCAAGGCUGAACUUGACUUUAUCUUUAUGGAAUGAUACAAGUAAUAAAUCCGAGGCUGAACUUGACUUUAUCUUUAAUGAUAUAUUUUGUGUAAAUAAUUAUUGUCUUUAAGUUCAUUUGUCGUUACUGGUUAUGACGUAUUUAUUUAAUGGACAGUGUGAAUUUAAGUUGCUUCAAUUUAUCACAUUUUUGUCUUUCGUAUUACAAUGGUGUCAAUAGAGCUGACAAAAUAUUUACGGCAAAAGUUAUUUCCUUUUUGAGUGAAUGGAUUUUAUUUAAGGCGUAAAUGAAGUGCGGGGUGAUUAAUUGGACAUCAGUGAUAGAGACGUGCACUUCAUUGUAACAAAAAACACGAUUAGAAAAAUUUAUUAUUUCGUCAGGAAAAAUAACUUGUUGUCAAUUAUUGAUAACAUAUUUAACAAUACUGAAUGUUAUAGGUAGCCUUUCGGUUUGUCAUUUCCAAACCCAUUGGUAAAGACAAUUAUAAUAGGUUGAUGAACAGUAACAACGAUAAGAGAAUUUUACAUUAUACUAUUUGUUAUUGUUAACGGAAUAAACAGCGUUAGAGUGUACAAGUUGUUAUAAGUAUAUUUAUUUAAAUUGCUGGCCAUAUUUCAGCGAUAUGUAAUGAUUACUCAUUAAGAUCUGACAACAUAAUUCGUUGUCAGCAUCGUUAAUUUAACAAUUAUUUUAGAACUCGCUUACUCAGUAGAACAAAGUUGUUGCUUUGCCGCAUGUUUUAGCCUAGCUUUGUUCAACUCUACAAAAUAAAGUAAGAACUUGCGCAAUUAACCAUCCACAAUUCAUACGGUUUGAAAACGUGAUACUUUCUUAGUUGGAUAAUGUUUAUACUUGUAUGGAUGGAUUGCACAUGACGUCACUGACCGCCAUCUUUAAUAAACGAUGCCAACGUGCGCACAUGAUGCGCUCUCUGCGCAUGACCAUCAGCAAAUGGUAGCCUUGCACGCGCGCACAUUUCACCAAGGGGAUCAUUCACCUAACAAUGUAACUGCGUAAGCGACAAAUAAUGCUAUGUAAUAAACAAAUAAUUAAUGUAGCUUCAGGUAAAAAUAGUGAACAUUACUAAAGAACUUCUUUAACCAUUUCAAACUCAAAAGACAAAUAAAUGCACCAAGAAGACAUCUCAACAAAAGUAAUCUUAAAUUGGACGAGAUACAAGCUAUGCCGGACUGUGACUAUGACGUUAUAGCCAAAGCAAGUAAAUUUCAUUCAAUUCAAUUUCAUCUAUUUGUAUUUGUAAUUAUUUUUAUUUAUCUAUUUCUAUUUUAUUUCCUAAGUUUCAAUCAUGGUUUAAUCGGAUUAUAUACAAAGUACAGAAAAGUUUGAUGAAAUUACAAUAUUGAGCCAAUUUGACGGAAACAGCUUUCCAAAGUCGCAUUCACGCUGAACAGUUAAAUUAAGUUAAUAUUCAAAUCGCACAGCUACACAACAAUGUCUAGUGACAAUAGAACGAUUUUAAUUCGAAGAUGACAUCGAUCUGGAAGCGAUUACUUCAGAAUCAAAUAAGUAUGCGCCUUCUAGUGAGUCAUAAUAUUUUGUUCUCAAGGUUAAUACCGCAAGAACAGAUUGUCAAGAUGCCUGAAGCAAAGCAGGAACGUUAUCUUGUCUUGGGCUUCUUUAUCCAACGUGAUCAUUUUAAGGCCUAUGUAAUAAAUGAUAUAGAGUCAAUAUUGCAUUUCCGAUUUAUGAGAUUACAAGGUUAAGAAAUGAUUAGAACUAAUUAGAACUGAUAUAACUUAUAAGAAAUAAUAGAACUCAUAAGAACUGCUAGAACUUAAAAGAACUGCUAGAACUCAUAAGAACUGAUAUAGCUGAUAGAACUUAUAAGAACUGAUCUAGAAUGUGAAAAUAUCUGAAACUUCGCUUGAUGGGUUUUUGUCAUGCUCAUUUCCAGCUAUAGUUUCAGCCUGUGUCUUACAGCGUUCAAUGUCAUGGCUCUGUUUAUAGGACUUGGGGCCCGAGCGUAUAUAAGCAUUGCCAUGAAACUGAAGGCCCAGACCAGAUUUCCACUCACAUCUUAUAACCAAUUGGUCAUGCACAAGUGCAGUGAUUUAAUAUCGAAUCGUAACGAACAGGUGAAUAUACAGGUUUUUUGUGUCUGUCCGACGCAUCAUUUUCCAUACCCUAGGGUGCAUUUUCGCAGUCGUAACCAAUACUGUUUCGUUUGAAUUUGCUUUUGGUUAACCAGUGGCCAGUGACCGAAACAUUUAAUGAUUACAGAUGCGAAAUAACGCACCCAUGGCAAUCCUUCUAAGAAAUGCCACUGUUUGAUAGACUUUUAAGAGGCCCUAGACCUUACAUGUCGAAUUUGUUUAUCUACAAAUAACCCCAAAACAAAGGUUCUCUUCCAAAGAUUCUAAGAGGAUUGCAAGAGGGAGGGCUGGAAGGUGGUGUUGACGACGUAUAGCAAUAACGUCGUCUAUUAACUUUCCCUUUCUUCUCGGUGGACAUCCAUAUUGUUGCAUUGUGUAAAAGUUUAACGGACAGGUCAAUUCCUUCUCUUUACACGCAUGACGUCCACUAACUCAAGUCUCACUAAUUGCUCGGUGAUUGGUGGGUUCGCUAAGAGCCUGCGUCCAGUCCAGGACGGACAGGUGCAACCACCCGAAAUGCUCUUGAUCCAUUAGGUCAAUUUAAACAGAGACUAGAUCAACCGACUGACAGAACAAUCAAGGACGGACAGACAGACUGACUAACGGACAGGCACAACACAUCUCAGUGUUUUGGACUGACAGUGUUUUACGAUUAGUUGUAAUUACGGCUGUUAUAAUCAGACACUAAUUAGUUGAUUUAUACCUGCUAUUGAAAGUAAUUUAAUAAACACAU